AUGACACUGAUGGGCAGCCAUGGGGACACAGCCAGCAAACCACAGCUCCGCCAGCUGACGAAUUGUGUGCGAACGGCGCUCUCAGAGGCUCUUCAGGUUUGCAGAGCAUCAGUUCAUGUCACCGAUAUGUCUGUCAAGGGAGGUGACGACAGCUUGAUCGAGAUGCUGCAGGAGCCUUGGCGUCCGAACUGGCACCAUCAGCACCAUUUCUUUCUUGAAGAGGCAGGCGGCCGCAAGCUGGCGCGGAUGAUGCGUCGAGCAGAGAACUCUUUCAGGCGGAUGAACUUCACUCGGGUAAAGGCAUCUUACGAGGUGCGCAUAUUUCCGGAGAUGCGAGUAAGCUCGAAGGAGAUCGUGCAGCGGAUAGACCGUCUGCAGAUCUUCAGCAGGUUUGCCGACUUGAACCACUUACUGGUUCGAAGUCUUGUUCACAGAACUGCGCAUGCGAAGACUGCGGAGGGUGUAAUGUUGGAUGACAUCGGAUACGGUUUGCGCGAAGUCAAGCCGCGGACGGGUUUGCCAGCAGUGCAGCUGGCGGACUGCAUGGAAGAGGGCCUCCUGCAAGAUGCUCGAGAGGUACAUCAGUACGUCAUUGGUCUGUGCUGCGUGCUGGUUCUUCUCAUUACUUGCGCGGGCUCGGCCAUCUUCUCAUUGAAGCAGCCAUCUGUGGUCCCAAGCCGCACAAACCCUCUUCUCGCGUUGCGAUGA